UACUCCGUAAUACAAGUGGAACUUUUUCCACAUUUAUCUAUAUAUUUUAGUUGAGUUGUAUUCAAAGAAACCGUGAUAGAAAAAAGUAUUGUUUCAUAAAAUAGUAUGUGUGACAAAAUAUAACAAAAAUGCACUUAUGAACAACAAUUUAGGACAAACAAUUCCCUCUGUUUAUAACUCUACAAGUAGCUCCCAAGGCUCCCCAAAAAGAAGAUAAAAUCAAUUUUUCAAUUCCUUUUCUUCCCCAUCCUAUUUUUCUAUAAUCUCCCAAACCUGCGAAUCAGAAAAGCUAAGCCAUGGUGUUGUACAUGAGGCAAAAACCCAUCUUCUUGGUGAGCUUCCUAAUCUGGUGGUCAUGGUGGGGCGGCGUCGUGGCGGCGGAGCCGCAGACGAACCUAGUGACGAUGGGGUGCAGCAUAGUCAACGUCACCGGCGUCACCGCCUUCCGCCGGAACCUAAACGCAACGUACCAAAAGCUGAGAGCUCAGAUAAGCAACCAAAGCAGUAAUCAUCACUUCGCCACGGGACAGGAGUUGAAGGGGAGCAGCCCCGCCUUUGCCCUGUUUCAGUGCAGAAACUACCUGGCGGUCAACGACUGCCUUGCUUGCUUUGACCGGGCCGUCAUUCAGCUGCGCAGAAACUGCUCCGCCGUCUCCAACGGAGCCCAUAUCAUAUUCGACGGCUGCUUUUUAAGAUACGAGAGCACUACCUUUUUUGACCAGAAUACAUACCCCGCGAAUAAUGUUGUGUGUGGGAAUGAAGUAAAAAACUCCACUCAACUUGCUUCUACCGUUCAACAAGUGCUAACAAAUCUGGACAUAGUAACACCCAGAAUCACUGGUUUCUUUGCGGCCACCAAGACGCCAGUUCCUAAUGACAGCCGCCGCAACUCAUCUUCAAACAUUUAUGCCUUUGCUCAAUGUGUUGAGACUCUCUCUCAGACAGGCUGCCAAGAUUGCUUGAAAAUUGGCUUAAGAAAUUUUCAGCUAUGUCUUCCAAGCUCAAAUGCAAAGACCUUUGACUUUGGCUGCUUCAUGAGAUAUUCCACCACCCCCUUCUUUGCCGAUAAUCAAACUAUUGAUAUCUACCAAUUUUUGCAACAAGGACAUUCAAGCAAGAAGAAGAUCAUUAUUGGUGGAGUUGUUGGAGGUGCAUCAUUUAUUUUGGUUCUCCUUGCAAUAUUUGCUUUGUAUAGGCAACGAUCGAACUCAUCCAAAAGAGUUCAUAGAGGAGAUAUUUUGGCAGCAACUGAGUUAAAAGGCCCAAUUAACUAUAGAUAUGGAGAUCUAAAGUCAGCGACAAAAAAUUUUAGUCAAGAAAAUAAACUAGGAGAAAGAGACUCUUGUGAUGUGUACAAGGGUACCCUAGAAAACGGGAAGGUGGUAGCUAUCAAGAAAUUGGAUAUAGGUCAAUCUAAAGACACAGAAAAAGAUUUUGAAAGUGAAGUGAAGCUUAUAAGUAAUGUUCAUCAUCGAAAUCUUGUUCGACUUUUGGGAUGUUGCAGUAAAGGUCAAGAGAGAUUCCUUGUUUAUGAGUACAUGCAAACCAAUGUUGCACAUCUUUUAUUUGGUAAAAAUAAAGGCUCUCAGAAUUGGAUGCAACGUUAUGAAAUACUUUUAGGAACUGCAAGAGGUUUGGCAUAUCUACAUGAGGGUUUUCAUGUUUGCAUUGUGCAUAGAGACAUAAAAGCGAGUAACAUCUUUUUAGAUGAUGACUUUCAAGCCAAAAUUGGUGAUUUUGGAUUAGUAAGGUCUUUGCCAAGACAAGAGUCUCAUUUGAUUACAGAAUUUUCAAGAUCAAUGGAAUACACUGCACCAGAAUAUGUAAUGCAUAGACAAAUGUCAGAGAAAAUUGAUAUUUAUAGCUAUGGUGUUGUUCUCUUGGAAAUCAUAAGUGGACAAAAGAAUGGUGUUAUACAGAAUGACGAUGGUGAUGAAUUUCUGCUUCAAAGAGCAUGGAAACUAUAUGAGAGAGGAAUGCACAUAGAGUUGGUGGACAAAAGCUUAGACACAAGAGAGUAUGACACGAAAGAAGUAGAGAAAGUAAUAGAGAUUGGAUUGCUUUGUAUUCAAGCUUCUCCUACAGCAAGGCCCAUGAUGUCAGAAAUUGUUAGAAUGCUCAAAAGAAAGGACUUAAUGGAGCAAUGGCGACCUACAAUGCCUGCGUUUGUUGGAGCUAAUUCCAUGAAGCCAAAAACUGAACCAUCUGCCUCUAAUGAUUCAUCUUCAUCAAUUGCUACUCUCUCCACCACUAUUAUGUCAGGGAGGUGAUCAAUUGUAAGCUCACAUUAGUUGAUGUUUGAAAUCCGGUUAAUAAUAAAGAAACAAUGUUGAUGAAAGAGUGAAGAUAUAAGCUUUCAUUUAUAUUAUUAUAUAUUAGUGAUUUCAAUACAAUGAAAAGCUUUGGUAAAAAAUUCAAAUGAUUGAACAUAUUCUUUGUUCAAUCUUGGGUUGUUGAAAAUAUAGAUCUAGUAAUGUAACGUAUGCAUAUGCUCAUUAUUAUUCCUCAAACUUUGGUCACUAUCUACAAUGACUCAUAAAUUAGUUGACAUUAAAUAAGGUUUUUUCCAUAAGAAUGUACCAUUUAUGUAGUAUUUAGUCCUGUAACU